CUAUUUAACUUGAGAUCCUUGUAAAACUUGCGAUAUUUGAAGCCAGAAAUGAGGAUGAAGUUUGUGAACUUCUGCUUGAGCCUCAGGUGCUGUUGUUCACAGGUGGCUCCCUCCUGACUGCACGGAAUGGUAAACUCCGGAUAGAUGAUUUACUUACCUUGUGUGUGUGUGUGUGUGACCAAACGCCGAGAGGGGGUGUCUCCGACUGUGUAUGUGUGUGUGUGGCAUUGUGUUAGUGCAGCGUGGCCUCUCUCCACCACUGUAACUGGACUCCGGGAGAUCGCUUGCGGGAUAACACGAGCAAUAGUGAAACAAACAAAGUGCCCCAAGACGGGGGUCUCGACCCGAAAACACCACCCAUAUAAUAUCCCGUCUCUCCAGAGAGAUGUCCCCUGCCUGACCCCCACUGAGUGACUCCACAGCAUUUCGUGUCUGUCGACCUAAGGAACAAAGUGUGUCCCCUUUAAAAGCCAAGCGCAGCGCAGUGAGUGUUGUCGGAGAAGUUUGUUUGACUUGGACCAGGGUUUUUUGUGUGUGGGCAGACGUUCAAAAAAACAAAAGCAGCACAGCUCUUGGGCUGGGCUGAUCUGGAAACGCCGGGGCGAUGCUUGCCACCGGAGGCUUGUUGGAAGAGUCGCCACCCAGCAGCUGAGUCGUGGAAGAGCCAUCUCUGUUGCCGGAGUGAACUGAAGCGUUCUCGUCUGCACCACCACCAUGUCCGACUCCAGCUUGUGGUCUGCGCUGUCAAACAUCUCCAUGUCACAUUUUCUCAGCCGGGCCCGACUGCGGCGAUCCAAGAGUUGCCGCACCAACAACAGGAAAAGUCUGAUCGGAAGCAAUCAGUCGACCGCCCUUCCGUGUCCUCACUCACCUCUCCCUGCUCAUUCAGCAGGAAACAGCCCGCAAGACAGCCCAAGAAACUUCUCUCCCAGUGCCUCCGCUCACUUCUCAUUCACUCGAAGUCACGGCCACAGAGCGGACAGGAGCGAUGGACGUCGAUGGUCCUUGGCUUCCCUUCCAUCAUCCGGCUAUGGGACGAACACUCCGAGCUCCACUGUGUCCUCACUGUGCUCGUCGCAGGAAAAGCUGCACCAGUUGCCGUACCAGCCCACCCCCGACGAGCUGCACUUCCUUUCCAAGCACUUCUGCAGCACUGAUGCCAUCUCCAACGAGGAGAGACGGCGGCCCAUUUCAAUGCGACCACGUUCCAGGAGUCUUAGCCCUGGACGAUCUCCAGCCUGCUUUGAUAAUGAAAUUAUCAUGAUGAACCAUGUCUACAAAGAGCGGUUUCCAAAGGCCACAGCCCAGAUGGAAGAAAGGCUUCAGGAUAUUAUCACCAGCUACUCUCCUGACAAUGUUCUUCCACUGGCAGAUGGAGUCCUCAGCUUUGCUCAUCAUCAGAUCAUCGAGUUGGCACGAGACUGCCUGGAUAAAUCCCGCCUGGGCCACAUCACCUCAAGAUACUUCUAUGAGUUGCAGGAGAAAUUAGAAAAGUUGUUGCAGGAAGCUCACAAACGUUCUGAAAGUAAUGAAUUAACGGUCAUUGAUCAGCUGGUCAGGAAAUUAUUGAUCAUCAUUGCCCGCCCGGCACGAUUGCUGGAAUGUCUUGAAUUUGAUCCGGAAGAGUUCUAUCAUUUGUUGGAAGCAGCAGAAGGACAUGCUAAAGAAGGGCAAGGCAUUAAAUCGGAUAUUCCCCGCUACAUCAUCAGUCAACUGGGCCUCACAAGAGAUCCCUUGGAGGAAAUGGCCCAACUGGGAAGCUAUGAUAGUGGGACAGCAGAGACUCCUGAAACCGAUGACUCAGUGAAUAGCUUCAGUCCUUCAGCCCAAGGUGGACGCAAACCUCAUGAGAUUGACUUUGAGACCAUGAAACUGAUCAGUAACGGCGCCUAUGGAGCUGUGUAUUUGGUGCGUCAUAAAGAGACGAAGCAGAGAUUUGCAAUGAAGAAAAUCAACAAACAGAACCUGAUCCUGAGAAACCAGAUUCAACAAGCCUUCGUGGAAAGAGAUAUCCUGACAUUUGCCGAAAAUCCCUUUGUGGUCAGCAUGUACUGUUCGUUUGAAACCAAGAGGCAUCUGUGCAUGGUGAUGGAGUAUGUGGAAGGUGGAGAUUGUGCGACGCUGUUAAAAAACAUGGGCCCUUUACCCGUGGAUAUGGCCAGGCUUUACUUUGCGGAGACAGUUCUUGCCUUGGAGUACCUCCACAAUUAUGGGAUCGUCCACCGGGAUCUCAAACCAGAUAAUUUGCUCGUGACAUCUUUGGGGCACAUCAAACUGACGGAUUUUGGAUUAUCAAAAGUCGGACUGAUGAACAUGACAACAAAUCUUUAUGAAGGUCACAUUGAGAAAGAUGCCCGAGAAUUUGUGGACAAGCAGGUUUGCGGCACGCCAGAAUACAUCGCUCCUGAAGUCAUUCUACGGCAGGGCUACGGCAAGCCGGUGGACUGGUGGGCCAUGGGGAUCAUACUCUACGAGUUUGUUGUUGGCUGCGUGCCCUUCUUCGGAGACACACCUGAGGAGCUCUUCGGGCAAGUCAUUAGUGACGAGAUCAACUGGCCAGAAGGUGAUGAGGCACCAGCGUCAGAAGCCCAGGAGCUCAUCACCAUGCUGCUCAGGCAGAGCCCAUUGGAAAGACUGGGGACAGGUGGUGCCUAUGAGGUAAAGCAGCACGGUUUUUUCCAUGGCUUGGACUGGAAUGGACUGCUCAGGCAGAAGGCUGAGUUCAUCCCACAGCUGGAGUCUGAGGACGACACCAGUUACUUUGACACCCGGUCUGAGAGGUACCAUCACAUGGAAACUGAAGAGGAGGAAGAGACAAAUGAGGAGGAUUUUAAUUUGGAAAUAAGACAGUUUUCAUCAUGCUCCCACCGAUUUAACAAAGUUUACAAAAGCAUGGAUCGAAUAUCGCACAUCGAUGAGAAGAGGUUCAUUGAAAAGAUCCAAGGGGAAAAGGGCAAUGCAGGCGGGAAGCUGAAGAAGGCUAACACCUUGCAUGUCGACUCGCUGACUUGGAUUCCUGACUCUGAAAUGCAACGCCUGUCCCUGUCUCACUCAUCGAGCAGUGAGAACAGCAACUGCUACCAACGUUCAGGGAUGCUGCCCAGCUUUGCCAUCUCUGCCGAGGACGACGAGUCGCUCUCCAACGAAGACUCCAGCAGGGACCAGGAGAAGCUCCUGUUUUCCAUCGGGAUGUCGCAGGAGGAGAUCGACGCAACCACCCCCAGCACCAUCAGCAGUUCAACUCUUUCAGUUGGCAGUUUCUCGGAACACCUGGAUCAGAUUAACUCCAAGAGCGACGGCGUGGAGAGCCCGGAUAAUUCCUCGACACAGCCAAGCGACAACCUCCCACUGGUGGGCCGUCAGCGGCAGGAAGGUUCGGAGAAGGAGAGGCCAGGCAAAGUGAUGAAGUCUGCCUCUGCCACAGCGCUUUCUCUCAUGAUCCCUGCAGAUGUGUACGGUGUGUCUCCGUUGGCGAGUCCGAUCUCCCCACAUUCACUCUCAUCUGACCCUUCGUCGAGAGAUUCAUCUCCCAGCCGGGACUCGUCCACCAGCUCCGGAAGUCCAAAGCCGCCCAUAAUCAUCUACAGCUCGGGAAAGAAGUACGGUUUCACGCUGCGCGCCAUCCGAGUGUACAUGGGUGACAGCGAUGUGUACACGGUCCAUCACAUUGUCUGGAACGUGGAAGAAGGGAGUGCGGCUUAUGUGGCAGGGUUGAAGGCCGGCGAUCUCAUAACACACGUGAAUAGCGAGCCAGUCCUCGGCCUGGUACACACUGAAGUGGUGGAACUACUUGUCAAGAGUGGCAACAAGGUCGCCAUCACGACCACCUCCUUUGAGAACACGUCAAUCCGAACUGGCCCAGCAAGGAGACCCAGCUAUAGGAGCCGAAUGAUGAGACGGAGUAAGAAAAACAAAAAGAAGGAAGGUCAAGAAAGGAGGAAAUCACUGUUUAAAAGGUUUGCCAAGCAGCCCGUCAUCCUGCACAGCAGCCGAAGCUUCUCCUCACUCAACCGCUCGCUUUCUUCCAGUGACAGUAUGCCAGGCUCGCCCACACACAGUCUAUCGCCAAGAUCACCAACCCAGUCCUUCCGCUCGGCCCCCGACUUCCAGUCUGGUACCAACUCAUCUCAGAGCAGCUCCCCCAGCUCCAGCGCCCCGAAUUCUCCCGCCGGCUCCGGACACAUUCGGCCGAGCACGCUCCACGGACUGAGCUCCAAGCUGAGCGGGCAGAGGUACAGGUCGGGGAGGCGCAAGUCAGCGGGCAACAUCCCCCUGUCCCCCCUGGCGCGGACUCCGUCUCCCACCCCUCAGCCCGCCUCUCCGCAGAGGUCGCCCUCCCCGUUGCUGGGCCACUCGGUGGGAGGCUGCAAGAUGGCGCAGCCCUUCCCGGCCAAGAUGCACUCGCCGCCCACCAUCCUGCGGCACAUGGUGCGGCCCAAGAGCGCCGAGCCCCCCCGCUCACCGUUGCUGAAGAGGGUGCAGUCGGCCGAGAAGCUGUCACCGUCCUACGUGGGCGACAAGAAGCAGCAGCAGCAGCAGCAGCAGCAGCAGGAGGGAGGGAGGAAGGAGUCGUUGCAGAGGGACCUGUGCCUACACAGUCUGGAUGAGAACGCCUUCGAGAUGCCCACGCUCACCAGAGUACGGCCGGUGGAGCAGGGCUGCCUCAAGCGGCCGGCGGCCAGGAAGGCGGGGGGGAGGCAGGAGUCGGCGGUGGCGGUAGCGGCGGCAGCGGACGAGGCCGAGAAAGAGAAGCUGAGGGAGGCGGCCGCGGCCAAGACAAAGAACAACUGGAACGUCCGGCGGGAAUCCCUUCAGAAGCAGAGCGCCAUCUCUGGACACGACCCUGCCCACGCGGCUGAGGAGGUGGCCGCCGUCGGCGUGGACGGGGCGGAGGAGGCCAGAAAGUGCAAUGAAUUAAAAGCUCGGCCUCCCAGCCAGCAGUGCAGCCCUCUCAGCGGCCCGCUGCUGCUGCUGCUCUCGGAGCCCAACGCCAGCGGCCCCGCUCACCCGCUGGCGUCGCCGAUCGGGGCCUGCGCGCCGUGCGCCGAGAAACGUGCCGGCAGCCCCUGCCUCAGCAGGGUGGAGAGCCUCUGCGGGAAGGAGGGCGGGCCGGAGUGGGCGGGCAAGCACGGCAAAGAGCCGCAUCGCUGCUCCGAGAGGCUGGAGGCCAAGGCUCCCAGCAUGAGGUGUUGCCGGGAAGGCAGCGGCGGGAAGGGCCCGCCGGAAAUGGCCGCCGCUCUCCACAGCGCUCAGCUGAAGCCUUUGUUGUCGGCGGGCAACGAGGAGCCUUCGUUCGUCAAGAGGAAGAACGCUCCGGCCGGCACGUCUUGCAGCGCCCACUGCCACCUGAGACCCACGCCUUCCGACUGUCCCAAGAUAGUGGGCCAGCUCUGCGUAGACAAGCCCAAGCCGCCGUUGGGUUCGGGGACCGAGAGCAUAACCAGGCAAAUGAACGAGUGUAAGAUGGAGGGGCGAUCCAUUCUGAGUCUAAAGCCACUGGAAGGAACCCUUGACAUUGCUUUCCUGUCGGGACCAAGUAUUUCGAAGGUGGAGGUGUGCUUGUCUAAAAGAGCCGAGCAGCAGGGUACAGUGGUGAAGAGCGCCUUACAUCAGAUGACCGGCCCUCAGGACAAUGCUGCCUCUCCCCCCACUGACAGCACCACUCUGACCACUCUUUGGGGCAAGACAGAACACACCAAGGAUGUUUCCCAGAACUUGCAGCCCACUCGCUUGCCCGCCGGGGUGUUGCCAGCGGUCGAGGAGCCCGAGGGGGCCAAGAGUCCGGCCCGAACCGUAAAAGACGGAGCCUGCAAAACUGGUGGCGGUCUCGGGCCUGAAGCCCAGACGGCCAAAGCCACCAUGGACGCUGGGGGCCGUGAGCUUGUCGGCCAUUUGCAGCCGCCUGCUGCUGCUACGGAGGAGGAGAGGCCUUGCACCGCCGACCCGCCGGGGCAGCCGUCGCCCCCGGGUGCCACCCACCCAGAGGUGGGCCCGGCCAACCAGGCCCACUGUCCCCAGGAGGCAACGCAGCCCAGCAACUCUUAGCAGCCUCACGGCAGCUGGUUCCGACGCCGGCAGUAGGAGGCAGAGUGGCGAGAGGCAGAACCCGAUGGACGGCCAUCCUUCAGAAGCAUGCUGGAGUCCACUAUGGCCCCAAGCCCUUGCAUUGCUACCUUUGUGAAGUCAACCAUUGUUUGUUGCCUUCCUCUGCUCCUCCCUGACACACCCAUAUCCUUCCCCUCCAUCACCUCCAUAUCCUUCCUCAACCCAUCAACCCAAUAUCCUUCCCCACCCAUCUUCCCCAUAUCCUUCCCCCUCCAUCGCCCC